CGGCACUGGCGCGUCCCUCCUGAAUUCCCCAGAAUUUCAAAUUCCUCCCAACGGAUAUAAACAGUAGACAGCACCCAGUGCACGAACAGGUGUUUAUUGACGUUGUUCUCAUAAUUUUAAUCGUAAAAAGUUUCUUUCGGGGACGGAAAAAUGACUGAGUUCAAGACGCCGACGUCCAGAAAAUUCAGGAGCAGAAUUGAGAACAAUUCCGAGCACCAGACGCCCAUAAAAAUUCCGGCUUCACCUUUCCUGAAGCAAAUAGGUUACGGCUGUGGGGUGAAUGUCUUCACCCUGGAGCGAUCGCCGAAGGUGGGGCUCAUCCGUUCCCCCUGGGCCAUAAAGAAGAGAAAUACGUCGGUUUCUAAGGAUAAAAAGUAUGACGAGCGGAUCAGACUCGAAGCCAAGAUCCUGAGAGCUCUGCAGCACCCGAAUAUCGUGGGUUUCAGGGCUCUCACUGAAUCGGAGGCUGGAGUCCCUUGCUUGGCGAUGGAGCAGCUGGAUGUUUCCCUUGGCGAUAUGAUCGAGGAAAGAGUGGAGAAUGGUCUUCCCCACUUCAGAGCCAGGGAGAUCGAGGGGAUAGGCUUCGAGGUGGCAAAAGGUCUCGAGUACCUGCACCACACAGCCCACAUCCUCCACGGGGACCUCAAGAGCUACAACAUCCUGGUCUCCAAGGACCUGAAAAUCGUCAAGAUCUGCGACUUCGGGGUCUCUGUGCCCCUGACCAAGACCCUGGAGCUCGACAAAUCCACUGCUGACUUCGUCUACACUGGGACUGAGUGCUGGAACGCCCCCGAAGUCUUCUCAGAAGGGCCAAUCACCAACAAAACGGACAUGUGGGCCUACGGUCUGACCCUCUGGGAGAUGAUAGCCCUCUCCCCACCGCACGUGGAGAUCGACGAGUCCAUAGACGAGUCCAUGCUGGAUGGUUCUUUCCUUGGUUCCACAGAAGAGGGAGAGAACGACGACCCCAACGGAUCAUUCAACGACAGCCUCAUGAUCUUGGAGGAAAAAAUCCGUGCUAAAUACGGAACUCGUCCAGCCCUUCCAGCCAUCGAAAUUGGCCCGGAGUACGACAAAAUCCUGGAGAUAUUCUUCAUCUGCACCGAUCAGGACCAGAAGACUCGGCCCAGCGCCAAAGGGGUCGUUUCAUUCUUCAACAAUUACAUUUUAAAUUGCUGCAAGUCAACGGAGAAUCCUUCCACCAUGGAUUGCGACACUUGAAUGCCAUAAUUAAUUACCCUAGAUUAAUUAUCAUUGGAGCAAUAAUUUCCAGUCCUCAAUCAAUUCAUUAUCUCAGUAAUGUUCGACUAUUGACAUGAGAAAUAAUUAAGAGACGAAAUUAAUCUCUAAAACAAUUGAUAAAAAAUCGAUCACUUUAUGUUGAUAUUUAAAAUUUUAUACGUUUUUUAUUCACAAAAAUAUCGCUAUUAGGAGCAGAAUUAUUAUGACUAUCGCGAGAAUGAUCAGGCACUUGAUUUUUCUCUGUAAAAAGGAAGAUUAGUUUAAUUUUUGAGACAAAGGGGCAUUUUUUAUUGAAAAUUGAAGGAUUUCACCUUUCGAUGCCGAUUUUUUCGCUUCUCAGCUUUUCUUAUAUCAACUUUUCCACUGUCAACGUUAUUUGUUGCCUGCCCAGCGAAAUAUUCGACACAAUUUAAUUGUUCUCCCUGAAAAACAUCAAUAAAAAAUCAA